ACGAAAGCAAAUCUAGACAAAGGGGAGUACUAGAAUGGGGAGGUCUCCUUGUUGUGAUGAGAAUGGCCUCAAGAAAGGACCCUGGACUCCUGAAGAAGAUGAACAGCUUGUCCAGUACAUCCACCAACAUGGCCAUGGAAGUUGGAGGGCGCUUCCCAAGCUCGCAGCUUUUUUUCUCUUCGCAGGUCUAAACAGAUGCGGCAAGAGCUGUAGGUUAAGAUGGACGAAUUACUUGAGGCCGGAUAUCAAGAGAGGGAAAUUUUCUCAAGAUGAGGAGCAGACUAUUCUACAUCUCCAUUCCAUCCUUGGGAACAAAUGGUCGGCUAUUGCGACGCACCUACCUGGCCGGACUGACAAUGAAAUCAAGAAUUUCUGGAACACUCAUUUGAAGAAGAAGCUGAUUCAGAUGGGUUUUGAUCCAAUGACCCACCAACCAAGAACUGACCUGUUUUCUAGCCUCCCCCAUCUUUUAGCUCUUGCUAACCUCAGAGACCUGAUGGAGCAUCACUCCUUGGAUGAACAUGCUCUGAGAAUACAAGCAGAAGCUGUCCAGUUGGUGAAGAUCCAAUGCUUACAGCAUCUUCUCCAAUCGGCCACUUCGAUGACCACCAACUUGUAUGGCCAAAAUGGCAUCACAGAUAUGGAGGCUGUCAAUUUGUUUUAUUCAGUUCCCACUAUCAAAGAAAAUCCACUUCUCAAUUCAUCACAAAAUGAGAACCCAGCCUCAUUUUCACUUGGAAAUUAUGUUACCCCUCAACCACUCCACCACCCAAGCUUAUUAGCUCACCUGUCAGACCCACAAGCCCCUUUCAGUUUUCAAACAUCUUUCAAUAGUAAUGAGAUGGGCCAAGGUUCUGACUUUGCAAUGAUCAGCCAAGGAGAUAACCCACCUGAUGAUCACUCUUCAUUGGUUUUCCAAUUUCCCUCUUCUGUUCUUUCAACUAUGACAGAUGAGACGUCAAUAAGCAAUCCUGGAGAUGCCAGUAGUAGUACCUCUAGCUAUGGAGGAGGAGUUUCUUCAUAUUGGUCUGAACUAUAUUUUGAAGAUCCUACUAUGCAUGAGAUUGCUUAGUUAAUUACUUCAGUUUGGGAGGUUUGGAGUUGCAUCAGCAUGUAUUGUUGUGAUUACGUACGUAUUGUCUAUUCUCGCAAUAAAUAGACGCUUAUUGCAUGUAUAUAUAUAGGCACAGCAACCUAGCUCAUUACACGAGUGCAUCGAUCUAUGUAUGUAUACGACACAUGAUAUUUACCUGUGAUCAUCCCUAUAUAUAGUUUUUGUAUAUUUCUGAUUGUAUUAGCUUCACUUUUGAGUUUUGUUUGUUUCAUACGAUACGAUCUAACUCUACUCCAUGUCAACCUCCGCACCCCCGCCCUAUUUGUGAUUGUAUCGC